AUGGCCGUUGUAAAACUGUUAGCGCUGCUUCUGUUAGGGAUCGUCCUAACAGCACAAUGUGCUCCUCAGAAGAAAUUCCGAAGGCACAUGGUUCGUGGCCGGCCAAUGGGCGGUUUUGUACCGAAACCUACGAUAAACCAAAGAUUUGUUGGUGAGAAUCUAUCUGUGGCGGACACAUUCACGAAUAAAGUCGAUCAUUUCAACUCAUCAAACUCGGGAGUUUACCAACAGAGAUACUGGUACAACAACCAAUGGUACAAGAAAGGCGGUCCUGUAUUCCUAAUGUUGGGAGGAGAAUCAGCCGAAAGCCCCUACUGGGUCCAAGAUGCCACUCUCGAAUGGACUAAGAUGGCAGUUGACAAUGGAGCAUUUGUCUUCCUAAUUGAGCAUCGCUACUACGGUCUCAGCAAACCAACACCAGAUAUGUCCACUAAAAAUCUAGUCUAUCUGAGCUCCGCACAAGCUCUUGAGGAUAUGGCAGCGUUCAUAGUUGGGAUGAAACAGAAGUUCCCUCAACUUGCAACUGCUCCCUGGGUAACAUUCGGAGGAUCUUACUCAGGAGCUUUGGCUGCCUGGGCUCGUGUCAAGCACCCAGAACUCGUCGCGAUGGCCGUAGGAAGUAGUGGACCAGUCCAAGCUGAGGUUGACUUUGUCGAGUAUCUGGAAGUGGUACAAAACUCGAUCACACGCGAUUCGCAACAGUGUGCUCAGUCAGUGACAACCGCAUUCAACCUCGUUGCCUCUCUACUCACCACAGCAUCCGGAAGACAAAGCUUAAAGACCACUUUCAACCUCUGUGAAGAUCUCGACCCAACUAACGCGCAACAAAUUGAGACAUUCUGGGAAACAGUCUACAGCCCCUAUAUGGAGGUGGUACAGUACUCUGGCGACAAUGCUGGCUCUUUCCAUCACUCGUUAACUAUCCACAACGCAAUCUGCCGCUUCCAUGACACUGACGCCAGUUCGCUUACAAAGCUGAAACAGGUAAAUGAUUACUUCAACAAUAUUAACCUAUACACCGGAUGUGAGGACAUCGACUAUCAGAACUUCAUUGAAUUCAUGCAAGACACCAGUUAUGGUGAUGCACAAGACAUUCGCGCUUGGGUAUGGCAAACAUGCACCGAAUUUGGAUACUACCAAUCCACGGACUCCGACACCGCAGGACCUUUCUUUGGUGGAAAGCGUUCUCUACCUGUUCAAUACUACAUUGACGAAUGCACGAACAUUUACGGUUCCGAGUUCAACUCAGCCUCUGUGGCCACCGCUGUCGCUAAUGUGAACUCGUACUAUGGAGGUCGCGAUAAUAUGCAGUCAUCUCACAUCAUUCUUCCCAAUGGUAAUAUCGAUCCAUGGCAUGCACUUGGAAAGUUGAACAGUACAAUUUCAACGAUCAUCCCGGUGGUGAUCGAUGGAACCGCUCACUGUGCUGACAUGUACAGCUCGUCGUCGAAUGAUCCCGCAUCAUUGACCGCCGCUCGUCAAACCGUCUCCAACCAGAUAAAGGAGUGGCUUCAACAAAUCAAUUGA